AUGUCAAGACAACUUCGGAACUCAUUUCAAGCAUCAUAUCACAAAAUACGUAGUAAUGAUGUGUUGAAGCAGCCAACUGUCAAAAUAAGUGUGAAAAAUGAAAAUAUUGCAACUAAGAACAACAACAACAACAACAGCCGUCAAUCUGCUUUUAUAGAAGAAAUGAAAGAACUUGAACGUGAAGCAGACAAGCAAUCAGUGGAAGUCGAGCUGAGCGACUGCGUCGAAUUUGUCUCUCAACUUGUCGAUCUAUUCAAGCAUGCUAUUAUUAUGCCUGAACUUGAACCAGAAGAUGAUUGGCACGAUGAUGUUCGACGUCAACUAAAACUAAAGAAAGGAACUACUGGCAAUAGUCUUCUCGAUGAUAAAAUUGAACGAAUCGCCAGUGAAAAGGGCUUAACCAAAGAACAGUGGAAAAGUUUGUGCUACAUAAAUUUUACUGCGGGCGACACAUUGGAGAUGACAACAGUUAGCCGAAGUCAUCUCAAGAAGGUACACGACAUGGCAUCUCGUUUGCUCGUAGGCGAAGAACAGGCACCUGUAUUUGCUCUCGUUGAUGCUAUUGAAAGAUAUAUGCCAAAAAAUCACUUAACUCAGAGAUAA